CCCCGGCGUUCCCUCCCUCCCCUGAGCGAGAGGGCGUAGGCUGGGAACAGGUGAACACCUAUCAGCUCCCAUUCCAGCGGGAUGCAAAACCUCACAGUCGAAACCAGUCCUCACUCUUCAGACUUCUGGAAUCAUGGCGAAUGGCGCCCUGGAGAUCGUGGGAAUGUGUGUGAGCCUGCUCGGCCUCAUUGGGGUGGCGGCCAGCACCGGGAUGCCGAUGUGGCGGGUGACGGCAUUCAUCGGAGAGAACAUCAUCGUGAUGGAGACCCGCUACGAGGGCUUGUGGAUGAACUGCUUUCGGCAGGCCAACAUUCGGAUGCAGUGUAAGGUGUAUGACUCUUUACUAGCGCUGUCUCCAGACCUCCAGGCUGCUCGGGGGCUCAUGUGCUGCUCCGUGGCGUUGACCGGGCUGGGUUUACUAAUCGCCAUUGCCGGGAUGAGGUGCACGGCAUGCAUCCAAGGGAAUGACCGCGCCAAGCGGAUGGUUCUGAUCAUCGCUGGCUGCAUGAUCCUAGCGGGCUGCCUCUGCUGCAUCAUCCCCAUCUCCUGGACCGGACACGCCAUCAUCCAAGACUUCUACAACCCCUUGCUCAUCGACGCCCAGCGUAGAGAACUCGGGGAGGCAUUGUACAUCGGUUGGGUGUCAUCUGCCUUCUUAUUCGCCGGCGGGUGCAUAUUCACCUGCUGCAGCGGCCCCCUGGACAAGGGCCCGGAUCCGAGGUACAUGUACACCAGGAAUGCGCCCUAUGUGGCCUAUCAACCGCAACCCGUGGCCUACCACCCUCAGCCCCGUUCGGUGUACAGUUACCCGUCCGGGCCACCGUCGUUCAUCGAGCAGUCGUACCAACCGUCCAGACAACAGUCGUUCAUACAGCCGUCCCGACAUCCGUCCCGACAUCCGUCCGCCCGCAGCGCCGUGGCUUAUCUCUGAAAUCCAGCUGGACGUUUCACAGACUUGUGUGUUUGUGCUUGUGUGUGUGUUAGAGAGAGAUGGAAAGGACGAACUUCUAACCAAAAGUUUUUAAAAAAGAAUAUUUGGAAAAAAUGUUUUAUGUAAGUUAGUCCUACAUUUCAUUUUUUCCCCCUGUUUCAUACUUGGUAAUGUUUUUGGCUACAUUUAGAUGUUAUUUGUACUCAUAUCUAUGCAGGAGCAUGUGACAGAUGGAAAGGACUUUUAACCAAAGCUUUUUUUACACAAGGUAAAAAAUACUAUUUGGAAAUAUUUAAAUGGUUUUAAAUGUAACAAACUUGGGCCUACAUUUAUUUUUUCCUGUUUCUUUCUUAGGAAUGUUUUUUAAUACCAUUUCUACUUUGGCUUUUUAAAUGUCUAAGUAGGAGGAAAUGAGAGAUGAAAGGAUGGACUUCUAACCAGAGGUGUUACAAAAAGAAAAUUUUGGGGGGAAAAAAUAAUAAUAAGAUUUUAAAUGUAACUAAUUUAGGCCUACAUUUCAGAUUUUUCUGUUUCUUGGAAAUGUUUUUGACAGAAUUUAAAUAUAGUUUCGAUGGCAUUUUUAAAAUAUGUAAGUAAGAGAACUUUGAGAACUGUGAGAUGAAGAAUUGUUUUAAAGAUUACUUGUUGUUAUUUUACGAUUCAUUGUGAAGUACAGAUCAUACCUCAGGAUGUUGUAAAGUAUGUUACUUGAGGUAUUUUUGUAUUAUCUGAAAGCUGUCUAAAAUAGAAACAAGGAAAUAAGUGUUUAAUAUUCAGAUGUUAUGUUUUUUUAUGUAAAUAUCAAAGCACAAAACAAUGAUUUAACUCAAUAAACAAGUUUAAAAAUA